GUUUCCGGGAGGCGCUCAAUAAACUCUCCAUGGAGCUAUAGCAGUUGCCGUUCAUGUCCUUGGUGGUUGUUUUCAAAGAGGACCACAAACCGGUGGUUGGUGUUUUCUGUACUCUUAUGGACUGUACAGGCUUCACUUGGACUAAACUGCAUUGCCUCCUGCUGGUUUCCCAUCAUCUCUUGCAUUGUCUAGCAGAAAUGACACCGUCGUGAGGAGGAGGCAGGUGGUGCAGUCAGUCCUCUGAUCUCUGUCCGUCCGUAUGGAGGAUGUGGUUCUGCACUAUCAACUUGGAUCAGACGCUGGGCUCAGCUGCCUGCUAGAGAGGACGGAGAAGCUUCUGGAGUCUUUCCCCUGUCGGACUCUGCCAGUCUUCAGCCCCUGGUUCCCCACUGCCACAGACUGUCACCUGCCCAUCAGACCUGCUAAAGCAGCUCCAGUCAUCCCCUGCACAAGUGAUUUACUUGUCUCUGAGAGCCGGCAACACACUCACACAGCACAGAACAAACUACAAAAACCUGAAGCUGACAUUCUUGUUGCUGAAAGACCUCAUGAUUCUUCACAUGCAGAGCCGACCAGAAGACCACAUGAAAAUCCACAAAAACCCACAGAUGACGUCUGCGUCUCAGAAGCCCCAAACCAUCUCCUCCCAGCCUCGCUCUUCAACAAAGCAGAGACGGAGGCCAGUAGACUGUCUCCUGACAAACACACAGACAAAGAUGGCUUCCCUGUCACACACUCAACGGUCAAACGGUCCUGGAGCGUCUUUACACAGAAAGGAGGUCUCCUGCAGAGCUCCCAGUCGCUGUCCAAACAGUUCCAUCACAUGGUGUCCAUCAACGGGCUCCACCUCCACCAGAGGGUCAAAUGGGUGAUCAGUCAGAACAACUGUGGGGCGGCCAGGGACAUCGAACAGGUGUGGCAGGCUGUGAGCCGGUCCGUCAGGAGUUCCAGGUUGCCGACCUGUAACGCCAACAUCCAGAGGGAGCGUGCGGAGAUCUGGGUGUUUUGUGACGUUCUCUUCUCUGAGCAGGUGGGACGUUGGCUGAAGGAUGAGCUGCGGCUGUUGGGGAGGAUCAGCCUGACUGUUCACAGGCUGGGAGAGAUCUUCAGCAUGUAGAGGAACUUCAGAACGAUGUACUCAGUACCAUCAGUCCAAAGGCACAGACUCAGGUUUUUACAAACAUGUUUACAGGUACAGAUGUUACCAUAAUUCACAGAACAGGCAUAUUUAUGCUUUAUUAUCACAACUGCAGUCUUAACUGUGUGCUUAUUUGAUAUUUUAUGCCAUCUUGGGGCAACUGCAGGUCAAAUUUCCUGUGAAUUUGAUGUUUAUAUUUUUGCUCCCCAGAGAAAGAAUCCUAAACCUACAUUUACUGGUAUCAGACCACAAGGAAUAUUUAUCUUAACAGUGGUUUCUGAAACCAGGAUAUGGUGUUUACAUGUUCAACACAUAAUCAGGAUACUAGUGCGUGUGUAAACACACUCAAUGCUGAGAUAUAACAGUGUGUGUGGGCCAUUUUUUCACAUGAUGGAACAUUUUAGCAUCAUCAGUGAUUAAACACAUGUACUGUAUUUAUUAGAUAUAAAAGCGAGUAAAUACAGAGGAUACAUGUUCCAAACAGCCACAGUGCUUUUUACAUUUAACAUCAUUUGUCUCACAACAAUCGUCAAGUGCAGAAAAAAUCUAUUUCACCAAUGAACUCAAGUGAGGGGGAUUGAACAAUUUGUAUUUUUGUGCCAAAUUCUAUUGUAUAUUUAUGAAUUUUACAGCAAAUGCUUAUGAUUGUAUUUUUCAUAUUGCUUUUCUUGUCACUGUCUGAUGUGAAUAAAGGUUUAAUAUUUGUUGUA